AUGAGUGAAGAGCUAGCUAUGAUUUCAGUAAAUUCUGAGGAUGAUAAGAGAAAAGGAGUAGCAACAACAAAUUCUACAGGAAAGCCACAAACCAUAGCUUUACCAUCUUCUUCAAAGAGCGAUGAGAAGCUUCUUCCUCAUUCAAUGAGACCUUCUACUGGUUCCUGCCAUGAUUUCUGCAAAUAUGGAACUAAGCAUGUUUAUGAUAAGGAAAAGAGAGUAGCAACAACAGCUUCAACAGGAAAGCCACAUACCGUGGCUUUUCCACCUUCUUCAAAGAGCGACGAGAAGCUUCUUCCUCAUUACAUGAGACCUUCUACUGGUUCUUGCCAUGAUUUCUGCAAAUAUGGAAUUAAGCAUGUUUAUGAUGGAAAACACAGUCAAUCAAAUUUUAUGACUCAACCACAAAGAAGGCAGACACUGCGGCUGAAGAAAAGUUCAGUUAAUGCAAAAGAUGAACUCACUAAUAAGAUUGAAUUGAUCGAGCAGACAGAUCUGCCAUCUGAGAAGAUAAUUCGGGUUCCGGAUUCACCUACCAGUCCGGCAGGAGGAUUGGCUCAUGAAUUCUCAGUCUUAGAUCGUAAUGCUGGAUCGCAAGACCAAAUAAAUGAUCCAUCUCUUGAUCAUCCAGUUGCUGAUAAAGAUGAAAAAGCUUUUGAUGAUUCUGUGCCCGUUGCAGCUGAAGUGCAAGAAUCAACUUAUCGAUCCAGUGGAUUGUUUCUAGAACCUGUAACCGCGAGACUCGAAAGACAGAGAAUGCAGAAUGAUGUUGCAAAUGAAGAGCAUGCGGCCGUGGCUCAGGUAGGAGGAUCAUGUGAGAAGCAGCCUGUUAGAAUAAAGUUCAUGUUUUCAUCAGCAAUUCAGAAAGGUGUUGCCUCUUCUGAGCAUAAAAGUAGAGAUCCAUCAGAAGGAUUGUCGGUGAAGCAAGGAAGCAUCGAGUUGAUAAUUGCAACUCCCAUCACUGAUAACAUUGCGUCUGCAGAGUACCAAACAGCCAAUGGAGAAGACAAAUCAUAUGAUGAACUGAUCGAGAUCAAGAUGAAGAGGCUUCCUGGAUCAUCUGAUGGGCCGUCAAGCUUGACACCGAAGAAUUACACCAGCAAAGCAUCUGCUGAGUGCAGACCUGUCAUUCGGGCAGAAGUAUCAUCCGAGGAAGUUUCGAUCGAGAAUCUAAAGACUCCAGCAAUUCAGAAGAGCACAGCAUCUGCUACCCAUAAACCAACUGAUCCAGCAAGAUUGAAGAGUUUGAGCUCAGGUGACAAAACAAAGAUAGAGGUGAACAAGAUGAAGAAUCAGAAAGGAAGCUUUGGUCUCAAUGAGAGAAACAUGAUUGCAACCGAGUUCAAUCCAGACAAGUUCUUGAAACAGAAGCUCAGGAAACACAAACCAUGUCCAGAUAGGAAAGGAGAAAGUGAGGAAUGUGGUCCUAAAAGGAGUGGAGAGAAUGAACCUAAUUUGCACAGAGAAGUAACUCAGAGAACCUACAGAGGUGUUCCAGAAAGCACAGUAAAGAGUAGACUAAGAAGUACUAAUGUCAACUCAGAAGAUGGUGUUGUGACUCCUCACAAGUUAAACUUCAGCAGAGGCAAGAUGAUCAACCUUCACUCCGAAAACAAUAGUCCAAAAAGACUUGGAUUCAGGCAGGUCAAGAUGAUGGGUGGCAAUCAGAAUGCUGAAGGAAAACAGAUGAGGAGCUCUAUAAAGAGAGUGGAAUCGGAUGGCGCAGAGUCAGAUACAUCUCCAGGGGAGGCUACCAACAUUGUUUUGAGACAUCAAGAUGUGCAGGAUAAGAGAGACACACAAAGCUUGCUCAAUCAAGUGAUAAAGGAAACUGCAAGUAAGCUUCUUGAGGCCAGGAAGAGCAAAGUUAAGGCCUUAGCUGAUGCUUUUGAGACUGUCAUCAAUCUUCAAGAAAGCCAAGUAGCUGCUCCCCACUAG